UCUUCAGCACUUCUAUGCCGCUAUUAGAUGCGAAUCGUACGCGCCGUGAGCACAAGCAGACACAUUCAUUUGACAAGAGUUAAUUUCACCGGUCAAAGCCUUCCUGGUUACGUUUGACAAAAAACAAGUCCCACGGGUUUGAAAAGUUUGAGCAAACGCGGGUGGCUUUUUGUAAUGUCACACCUCGUCCGUCCACAUAUUUGUUACUGGGCGUCUUGAUGUUAUCAGACUCGGCAAAGUCAACCGGCUGACGUGCGCCUACGACGCGGCGCUGUUCCAGGAAGGCUCCGUGGCUUUAGAGCACUAAAACCCCCACGGGCUCGCGCUCCGCACUUUAAAAAAGGGGCUCUUUCAUUUCCUGUAAUAACACGACGACGACCAAAACACACCACGAGCCCAGCAAAGGCGAGCGAACAAUCCGCCCGAGAUGCCUUCGCUCGCUCGCGUGAUGCUGCUUUGCUUCACGGUGGCCGCAUUCGUCCCCGACUUAACACAGCAGCAGCAGGGCGCCUCCACACAGCAGCAGGACGUCUCUGUAGAGCAGCAGGACGUCUCUGUAGAGCAGCAGGACGUCUCUGUAGAGCAGCAGGACGUCUCUGUAGAGCAGCAGCCACAGCUGCUUGGAGGCAUCCUGCCCAUCGGCGUGGACAACGCCGAAAUGAUGAUGCUGCUGGACAAGGCCCUGGCGAAGAUCAACGCAGAGAGCGACGGCGACACGUGGGAGACUGUGGACGAGAUCUUGGCGGCGGAGAGGCAGGUUAUCAACGGAAUCCGCUAUGCGGUCAAAGUCCAGCUGAGAGAAACAAAAUGCCCCAAAUCUGAAGCCCUGGAAAUCUGCGAGACCGCCACUGACACCAACAUCGGAAAGACCUCCAUCUGUAUUGUGGAAAUGGUUGACCGACCAUGGGAUCCGGAACUGGAAGUUGAGAAGAUGUGUAAUUUAGACAACAUGAAUUAACUUGCAUUCUGUCGGCAUCAUGACUUCAUGAGCCAUACACCACUGCACAGGCUAUGAUAAUCACAUGCUUUAUAUUCCAAUUGCAAUUUCUGAACAUUUUGUACCAUUACCCCGACAACAUUAUAAGGGUCUUCCUUAUCAGUAAUAAUACAAAUUUGAUUCACUUUUAAAUUAAACUCUGAUGCUUAAACAUUUUUGUUAUUUUAAGUGGUAUGGUAACUUCGGUUGUGGGGAUGCCUUCAGCAGUGCAUUGAUCAUGGCUGAUGAUGCUGCUGACUGAUACGCCACCAUAUCGUGCAUAGUGGCAGGAACUUGAUGAAAAUAUAAAUAUUGGUUUUAAUUGUGCUGUACUUAUUGUAUCCUGUAAUUUUUGUGUAAUCAUACUUCAUCCAGAAUGCGGAAGCCUUCUUCCAGAAGCGAACAGACAAAGGGCUGUGAAAUCAAAAAUCUUGUCCAAAACAUAACACCAGAGGCGUUUGGACAGUACUGUGUCUACAGUAUAUGGUGCAAAUACCAAAAGUACUAAUAUUGUGGAGCAUGUGGAAUCUUCAAUGGCUGUAGGGGCCAUAUGAAAAAAAAUCCAAAAUGUCUUACAACCCUUUGUUAAUCCACUGCUGGAUGAAUGCCCCAUGACAUGUUAGUUUUGGGGGCUGCUUGAAAAUUGAAAAUAUUGUGAGUAUAAAUGCAAGAAUGUACUUAAAAAUGCGUUUUUCCCACAACUUGAUUGGCAUCAUGUUAUUUUAUUGUUUCCCUUCAACGUGACUUUACCGAAAGAACUAAGAAUAUGAAGUGUCCUGUUGGAUUUCUCGCAGAGCAUUGUAACCCAUAUUGUUUCAAAACAUCCCAUGGAAGUGGAUAUAGAGCUAUCUUUGAGAUCCCUUCAUUUUAACUGAUCCACAGAGUAGAGCUCUUUCUCACCACUCUCCCAUACGAGAAUAAUGUUUAUCAUGACAGUCAAGCCGAUAUAUUCUACAGUAUUUCAAUUCUAUUCUCAGAUCUAGAAUUUAUCCAAAUUAAGUGCAAAACCAAGUUUGAUUUGAUGGGUUUUUUGCAUGUAGGCAGUCAUUGGUGACCGGUAUCGCUUAAGUUCUCAAUAUUUUCUGGGUCACUACUAAGCGUGUGACGAGUAUUGCCAGAGGUAUACUGGAUGUGGUGUGCUGAUUGCAGAAUAUCCGAGUUACUGACUUGGACAAACCUGGUAGACAUUUCACCGAAGUGACCAGAUUGAGACCAGCAACUCAUUUCCCUCAAGAAUCCCGACUGACUGGAUUCGAUCCCAGGAUCUCAGCGGCAUCAUCUCAGUACUUGGAAAUGAGCCACCCUGCCACAUCAGAAUGUGUUUUCAUUGCUGAAAUGAUCAAUUUGUACAUGACUAAACCAGCCAUCAUGAGGUUGCUUAUUUACUGACUUUGUGAUUUUCUUCUCUCUGUAUUUUUGUUGGCUUUGUGUUAUUUUGGUUUUGCUAAAUAAUACUGCUAGUGACACUCCACACAAACAAAUGUAAACAUUCAUGACAAUGUGUGCAGACUCAGACAGUGGUUUUACUUUGCGAUUGAUUUACCUGCAAAAUUCUUCUCUGGUUUAUACGUUACUCUACUUGAUAUUUCUUCAUUUUGGAAUUGAAUAUACUGCAAUAAAGCUAAGGGUAUGACAA